AUGGCCGACACCGCACGCGCAGCCACCGCGCAGAAGCAGCACCGGCGCCCAGGCUCGCGCAUCGUGCCUGCCAUCCCCUACCGUCUGUCCAAGUCUCAACCAUCAGCCAGACCCAUCACACCAGACGGCUCCACCAAGGACAGCGUUGCCCAGCCAGCUAAGCCGCAGCCGGAGCCGCAAUCCGCGCACAAGAGGCAGGAACAAGAGCAAACAGAAAAUCAGCAGACCGAGGCGGCGCAGACUCCUCUUACGCCAGAGUCAAACACUUCGGGCGCAGAAAAGAGAGAGCCCGAUGCCACCGCCGCGCCUGGCCCGUUGCAGAAUGGCCACUCGGCACCGGCAGACACUCAUGAUGCAGAGACCCACGUCAACGGCCAUGCCGACGAGAAGCCUCCCGCGCCCGUGGCGCCCAGCGCUGAGCCCAAGCCUGCCACGAACGGAGUGCACCGCAAACUGACCAUACCCGCUCACCUGCCCCCGCCCUUCUAUCCCUCGAACAAGACGGACACACAGACACCACCCACAGAAGGCAGCGACAGCGCUCACACUUCCUCGCACCGCCACCAGCUCAGUGCUGGUGCUCUGGUCUUCCAGAGCGCGAAUGAGUCACCGGCACCUCCUGCGGCUCCUCAAGAGCCAGAGCUGCACCAGCACGAACAGCACGCGCUGCCUCGUCCUCCGCCUGGAUUCGGUCCCCAGCAAUUUGCGCCCUUCUUCCCCGGCCACGCCCAGCAUCCCUCAGAGGCAGGAGCACCCUGGCAUGUGCCGCCACAAGCAGUCGCGCCGCCUGAAGCUGCCUACGCAAACGGCUCCGAGUUUAGACCCUCGCAGUUUCCCAGCGGCCCAGUCCUCUAUCCGGGUCCUCCCAACGGUCACUUCUCGCCGGAACAGGCAGCUUUUGUCGCAAACGGUACCCGCACCUCUCACUCGCAGUCACCGAGCAAGGCACAAUUUGGCGACACCGUACCCACGUCAGACCACGGGGACGAGCAUCAUGCUAUGCCCUACCAGAAUGGCACUGCCCCUCCUACCGAACGCCUCGAGGAGUCGCCGUUCGAACUUGCCAGCUAUUUGUCAAUCCAAUUCGCCAACCCCGAAUUCGCCGACUUCAUCCUCCAAGUACGGUCGCCCGAGUCAAUCCUAAUGUCAGUGCCAGUGCACGGUAUCGUAGUCGUGCGUAGCCCGGUCAUAGCCGAAGCAGUUCGUCGCAGCCCGGCCCCAAGCCACCGCAGCAGAGACGCGCGCCGACUGGUCGAUGUCCUUGCGCUCGACCCUUUCACCACCGGCGAAUCCCUAGAGGAAGCUGUCAGGGUUCUGUAUGGCGCCCCGCUCCUUUCUGCCCAGACCUUCCUGUACGGCCUUGCACCUUACAUGUACGAGAACGACCAAGCGACCCCUUCCAAUGACGCCCGUAUGCGCAUGCGACAAGUUCUGAGCUACGUUGCGGCAGCAAGGACUCUCCAGAUGCCUAGCAUGCAGGCGCGUGGUAUCGAGAUCGCAAGGAUGCUUCUCCGAUGGGAUACUGUCGAGCAGGUACUGCAGUAUACACUGCAGGCCAGCUCCGGGUCACGAUCAAGAGGUGAAGGUCCCGAUGCAGAAGACCCCUUUAUUUCAAUGCUUCUCAAUCACGCUCUCGAGUUCAUCGCAUACACCUUCCCUGUCGACUUCAAAUUGUACGCGAUAGCCCCAGAGUUUUCAGAUGCCCCACGUCUGCCAGCACUCGUUGAACCACGCAACGCCGCGCAUAACCCAAGGCUAAGCAAGAUUCGGUUCGGUGACGCGCCACCGGAAGAUGAUCACCGCCCUAGCCACGCGACCGUCGUGCUGUCGACUAUCCUGCUAUCUUUGCCACUUCCACUCGUGGAACGGCUCUUCAAUCAUCGGGCAACAGCGAAUCAACUCGGAUGGAGUGGUGCCACCAAGAUCUUGCGCGAAGUAGUCAACGAGCGUGAGAAUCGGCGCCAAAAAGCAUCGGCGGGCCAGUUGAAGCCGGGCCAAGAUGGCACCAUUCCAGCCGGCCUCUUGAACAACGUGUAUCUUGAAGAACGCGUGGAGCAAGUCGAGCCAUCACCUCUUCACCCUUCCGGCCAUCGCUUGGCGACGAAACGGGUCGCCAGCGACACAUGA